ACAGAGUCUCUCACAAGAACCCACCUCUCUGUGUUUCGCUCCUCACGUUUUUACAUGCUUCUCUCUUCUCUGUUUUUCUAAAGCUCUCUCUCUCUCUCUCUCUCUCUCUCUCUCUCUUCGAUCCCUCUCCGUACUCUUUCUCUGCAAUUCCAAUUCAUCAAGUAAAUACUUUUCCUACCUUUAAAAUUCAGGAAAUAAAAAAUAAAAAAAUCCAAAACGCACCGUUUUAGAUCUCCGAAUUCUGAUAGGUCAUGGAAAUGGCUGCCAGUCCUCGAACCGUAGAGGAGAUCUUCAAAGAUUACAGUGGCCGCCGAGCUGGUGUCGUUCGUGCUUUAACUUACGAUGUUGAUGAAUUUUAUGGACUCUGUGAUCCAGAUAAGGAGAACUUGUGUUUGUAUGGGCAUCCGAAUGAAAGUUGGGAAGUAACUUUGCCGGCUGAGGAAGUUCCACCGGAGCUUCCUGAGCCAGCACUUGGGAUCAAUUUCGCAAGAGAUGGCAUGCACCGGAAAGAUUGGCUUUCAUUGGUUGCAGUGCACAGUGAUUCUUGGUUGCUUUCUGUGGCUUUCUAUCUUGGAGCUCGUCUUAACCGCAAUGAAAGGAAACGUCUAUUUAGCUUGAUCAAUGAACUGCCAACCGUUUUUGAAGUUGUUACGGAGAGGAAGCCUAUAAAAGACAAGCCCAGUGUGGAUAGCGGAAGCAAGUCUCGGGGCAGCACAAAGAGAUCAAACGAUGGACAAGUUAAGAUUAAUACUAAGUUUGCUGAUGAGAAUUUUGAGGAGGAAGAAGAUGAGCAUAGUGAAACCCUUUGUGGGAGCUGCGGUGGAAAUUACAACGCAGAUGAAUUUUGGAUUGGCUGUGAUGUCUGUGAGAGGUGGUACCAUGGAAAGUGUGUGAAGAUAACACCUGCUAAGGCGGAAAGCAUCAAGCAAUACAAAUGCCCAUCUUGUAUGAAGAGGGGCAGGCAGUAGUAGUCACUAAAGCCAAUGUUGGGAGAUGAAUAGCAUCGUUCCAGUGGCUGGCAAAAAAAAAUGGUAUAGCAGUGUUACUUUUUUAAAAGUUAUGUAUUGAGUUUGCUCUGUAAUAUUUAUUUCUAACAGAUUGUUUCAAAGUGGUUUAAAGCCAUCUUCCCCGGUGAAUCCUUGUUCAAAUAUUUUCUUAUAUAAUUAGAAUCUGUUAAUUUGUGUCAGAUUCACCAAUAACAUA